AUGAAUCUCUUCCUCGACGCCUUCGACCGCGUUUUCAACCCAACCACUUCCUCCUCAAAAAGGAGAGCUUCCAGUACUGGUCUAGUUACAUCACUUACAGGCCCCGCUUCCUCCUAUUCCUCCUCCUCUAGAAGAACCACCAACACAACAAUGACUACGACAACUUCUACCACAACAGCUUUAUUAAAUUCCCCCCUUAAAAAUAAUUUUAGACGACAGAGUGGUGGGGCGGUGAAUGCUGGGUUUCAGAAUGAAUUUGUAGCCCUUACUAUUGGGGAACCGGAAGAACCUUCCACUUCAACGAGAAUUCAAAGACAACAAAGUGCAAGCAGUGCAAGUCGGAGCAGGUAA